AUUUCAACAGCAACGAUGGAAAUGGAUGAAUUAUUGGCAUGUUUUUUGACGGAAAGAAAAAGCAGACAACUUUUAAUAACAGAGUAUGAAGCAUGGUUGAAUAAUAUUGUACAAAUGAGUAGUAAAAAAUUGGAACAUCUUAUCACAACUAACAACUUCGGAUAUAGACAAAAUAUUCAAAAUACUAUCAACCUUGAGUUAAAUAAUAGAAUAUCCAUAGCAAAUUUAGAAGUAGAUAAAUUACAUACUGGAAAAUUUUUGUUAUGCCAAGUGAUAAGCAAAUGUGUUAAAUUGAGUCCCCUUUUUACGCUCGUAGAAGAUCCUGAGGGUAAUGUUGAACGAAUCGCUUUAUAUAAUUGGGCUGAACAAUCAGCUAUUCCCGUCAAAAGUCGGAAAAAAGUACUUACUAUUUUUGAGGCAUCAGAGUUUUUACCUAUAGGUACCAAAUUAGUGAUCAAAAAUCCAUAUUAUCAAAUUGCUUCCAGUUUUAAUGCUAUAAUUAAUCCAAAUGGUCCUAGUACUUUUAUUGAUUUUGACGCCAUUAUUCGUUCAGAUAAUCCUAAUGACGUUAUUGUUAUCAAUCAGAAUAACGAGCUUCUUAACAAUAUAAAGUGGUCCAAUAAUCUGAAGCAGAAAAUAAAAGAAGCCAAUAAAAAAUCAGCGGUUGAUGAUAAAAUUUUGUCAGCCGACGACUUUCGUCAAAGUGGGAAUAAAUAUUUUGUUUCAAAUGAUUUUGCUGCGGCUGUUGAUGAAUAUUCGAGUGGUAUCAAACUAGAUCCAAAUAAUGCCACAUUACUUGCCAACCGUGCAGAAGCAUAUUUGCGAUUGAAUCAAUUUGAUAAAGCUCUUAAUGAUGUGGAGAUCGUUCUCAAAAAUGAACCUGAUCAUCUGAAAGCAGCUUUUCGCAAAGGUAAAGCUCUUUGUGGUCUUAAACGUUAUCAAGAAGCCAUCGUCGUACUUAAAGAUUUGGAUCUAAAGAUGCAAAUCAAUACCGAUAAUUCAAUUACUCCAGUUAAGCAAAGUACUAAAACAUUAUUAAAACAUGUGGAAAUGUUGGAUUCUGAAAGCCGGUAUGGAAAAUAUGAUUAUAUAAAGAUUAUUGACGAGUUUUGUGAGAAGGUUAAAAUUAAUCAAGAAAAUGAUGAUUGGGUCUGUGAAACAGGACCGAGAUUAGACCAUGCAGAUUUCCUAAUUGGUGAUAUCGAGGUUCGUCCUGUAAAAAAAAAAGGAAGAGGUUGGGUUGCUAAACGAGACAUUCCCGAAGGUACUCUCUUAAUAGCAUCUAAAGCGUUCGAAAUAGUAUAUGGAAAUGAGGCUCCCUUAAGCUACAGAAGCAUUGAUUUUACAUCCAAAACCAUGAUUACAGCUACACAUUCAGAAUUAGUGGCCCGUAUUGCUCGAAAACUUAUAGCAGAGCCAGAUCUUUGUCAGGAAGUAUAUAAGCUUUAUGCUGGUCCAGAAAUUGAAAAUCUUGGCGAAAAUUCAGUUGAUGUGAGGAAAAUUGAAAAAAUUAUUAAAUACAAUUUUUUUGAAACAAAGGAUCAAUGGGGUAUUAUGAAUUCCACAAAAGAAAACAGUCGAUUAACCAAAGAUUCCGGAGCUGGGUUAUGGAUCAUGCCAUCCUUUUUCAAUCACUCAUGUGUUGAUACAAAUGUUGAACAGUUGAUUAUUGGAGAUAUGAUCUUUUUAAGAACUUGUCAGCCUGUUUUAAGUGGCAAGGAGCUGGUUCUUAGUUAUUGUAGUCCAUUAGGUUCAUAUGAUGAACGAUCUAAUAGCCUUAGAUUACAUGGUAUUAAAAAUUGUUCAUGUCGACUUUGCAACUUGGAAAGAUCUGAAUCAAAAAAAGUCAAACUUCGGCAAACCGAAAUUCUUAGAACUUACGAGAAUUCUCUCGGGCCUCAAGUGAAAUCAUCACUUUUCAGCGCUAAUUUUAAUUCUUCUCUCAUAAAAGAAUUAACCAAGUCGAUUGAUGAAUUAAAAGAUCUGCGAAAAGAACAUCUGGAUCUAGAAUUUCAGUCAUUUAAUAUAAAGGUUGACUUGGCUGCAGCUUAUGUUAGAGAUGGAAAUCUCCGCCGAUCUCUUCCUGUAGCGAUUGAGGUAUACAAAUUUGUGAAAACAGCACAAGUGCCACAAUUCUCUAGUAAUGCUGCCUAUCAAGUUGCAUCCCGGUACGCUAGACUCGAUAAAAUGAAGGAAGCCAAGGAAUGGUGGGACGUGGCACUAAAAGAAUUGGCAGAACCUAUAAGAGGAAAAUUUACCAAAGAAGAGACAAAAUGGAGAAAGGAAGCAAUGUAUUUAGCAGAAAAACUAUCACCAAAAAUGGUUUCUGGUGCUAAAAAUAAAGGACUCCUAUAAGAAUCACAUGAAUUCGUUUAAAUCCCUUUCCUUAAAUUAACCAAUAUUUUUUAUGAUCUGUCAUAAUUUCUAAGAAUGUAUGAUUUUAAAUUAAAUAAAUUAUUUAUAAAUUCUGGAGUUUUUUAUAUAACAAAUGAUAACUUAGUAGAAGCAUUUAAUUCAUAUUUAACUAAAAAUCCGCACAAUCGCGUCUUUUAGGGUUAUUGCAGAUUAGAGUCUCUUCAAGGAUCAAUUUGAUAGAAAUUAAGAAAUUAAGAAGGUUAUUAAUAUACUGUAUAUAUACAGUAGACGGUACACUUUCCAACAUAUGUAUUAUUGAUUGGCAUAAGUAAUAAAUUUUUUAUAA